AUGAAUUCCCUAUACAAUCACGGGCUAAAACAAACCCAAACAAUCAGCAAUGACUUAACCCAAUUCGAAACGAAUCUAUCAACAUCGCCAUUAUCUCUUCAAGGAGCAAUUACAACUUCAAUUACAGCAUUCAGAAAAACAAUCAAAGAAUAUGGAGAUUUAGUAUCAAGAGAUAUUUAUGAUCCAUCAUAUACAAAGAAUGAAGCAAGGCUAAAUAAAUUCAAUGAAGAUUUACAAAGAUUUCAAUCAAAAUUUGAUAAAUUAAAAUCACAACGAGAAUCAAUCAUUCAUGAAAAUAAUGUUCAAGAUCUAAUUGGUAGAAGACAUAUUCAUAAUAGUACCACUAGUUCAGAUAACCCCUAUGAUCCAGCAGCGCUGCAACAACAACAACAAACCUACAUGUCGUAUCAAGAGGGUAUGUAUAAGGAGAAAAAUACUCUCGUAAAGGGUUCAGAACAAUUAGAUCGGAUAUUGGAAAUGGGACAACAAGCAUUUGAUGAUAUAGUUGAACAAAAUGAGGUAUUACGAAAGAUUCAAGGGAAGUUUGAAGAAAGUUUAGUUACGUUGGGUGUGAGUAGGGGGACUAUUAGAAGUAUUGAGAGAAGAGCAAAACAAGAUAAAUGGUUAUUUUGGGGUUGUGUAGUUGUGAUGUUGGUCAUGUUUUAUUAUAUUGUGAAAUUCUUCAGGUGA